AUGGAGGACGCUCUUCUCUCCGCCGCAUCGAUUCCAUCGCCACUGCUGGUACCACAGCACAGAGACUCACACGCACUCACACGGAGACCGCACGUGUGUGCCCGCUGCCACUCACAUCAGCAGGUCAUUCGCUGUGUGCUCAUUCAUUCAGAUCUUCAUUCACUCAUCGCCGCUUUUCCCAAACACGCGUGCCCGCCUCCCGCUAUCGUCUGCCGCCUUCGAGGAGUUCCUGCAGCUCGUGGAUUCCACCACUGCCGUCCGCAUGGGCGUCUUCUGCAGGAAACACGCACAGCCCGACAAGGACACUCACAGGAAGGCCGACAAACCGACCAUGGACUUCUACGCCAUCGGCACCAUCUGCCGAGUAUUUCGGGCUGCAAGGUGAUUUAGUUGCCGAAUGAAUGUCCUUUCUCACAGCUGCAUGUGUGUGAUGGUGUGAUGUGUGGGUCACACAGGGGCAGCGACGGCGCGUGUUUCCUCGAGGUGGAGGGGCUGGCCCGGUGUGAGGCCACAGACGUGGUCGACAACGGCGGCCGGCACAAGACAGAUCGGUUCAGAUGGGCUUACGUGUCGCUGAGGCGGGACCAGCAGAAGGGCAACGGCGACAAUGAAGCGCAGAUCCAGGCCUUGCUGAUGUCGGUCCAGAACCACCUGACCGACUUUAUCCACUCGUCGGUGAACCGGGGAGAGAAGCCCACACCAGGGACAGACGAAGCCACGUCCAACAACAAGGCCGCAUCGUCGCCAGCAAUGUACAGACAGAUUGGCUGCACACAUAUUUAUGGCGUGCGUCAUCCACGUGUGUGUGUGUAUGUGUGUCUGAGUCGUUCAGGUAUGGGAGCGCGUUGCAGGCCUACAUCGACCGGCUGAUGGCUUCGUCAUCGUCGCUGUCUGACGGCGCACUCACCCGCGCCUCCGUGGUGUGCGACCUGGCCGCAUCGCUCAUGACACAGGCCAGCGUCGAGGAGAGGCAAAAGGUCAGUCAGUGAGGUGGAGUGGACGCCCAUGCAUGCAUUAAGGCGUGUGUGUCCUAUGUGGCCGUGUACACACCACAGGUGUUGGAGGCCCUUGAUGUGGAGGACCGUCUGCGGCGUGUGCAGGCUCUUCUGCUCAAGGUACGCGGGCACCAAACCGGACGCAUCACAUCCAGGCGUGUUUGUAUGGCCUGAUGUCACACAGGUCAUCGAGGCCCACAAACUGGCCGACAAAAUCGACGGGAACGUGCAAAACAAGGCAGGCAGGGCGGCACACACACAUUCCCGAAAGAGAGAGAGAGAGAGAGAGAGAGACUUAAGAACUAUGCCAUCUCUGUGUGUAUGGUUGCUGGAUGAUGCCUUGAUGGCCGCAGUUGGCCCGUGAGGUCCGCGAGCAGCUCAUCAGGCGCAAGAUGCAAGAGCUCCAGAAGGUUGGUGGCACACACAACUGGACGGACAAGGAAUGAAGCAGUGCACACCGCGCGGCCAUGUGUGUCCGCCUGGUGUCAGGAGCUGCGGUCCCUGCGUCAGUCCAGCUCUUCUCCCUCGUCGUCCCAGCCGACAGACAAAGACAAGGCCGCCAACAAUAACCACAACAACACCUCGUGAGGGAGCACCAUCCAUACGAGCAUCUGGGUGCGUGUGUUGUGUGUGUGAUGUCUGCGUGUGUGUCUGCGUGUGUCAGGGCCUCCGAAGAGGAUGAGGACGAUGUCGCACGGCUGAGAAACGCCAUCAGCAAAGCCGGUGCGCACGUGCAUCCAUAUCUAUAGCAUGCACACAGAGAGGCGUACGUGUGUGUGUGUGUGUGUUGUGUGGUGUUUUCUGUAUGUGUGCAGGCAUGGAGGGGGAGGCCCUGAAGGCUGCCAAGAGAGAGGUAGGUGGGUGAAUGCCUGCAGGAAGCGGCACACUACCGCCUCCAGUGUGUCGAUUCAUGUGUGGGGGCGAUCGUUCCAUUCAUUCAUCAGCUGCGGCGACUGGAGGCUCUGCAGCCCGCCCAUCCAGAAUAUAUGGUGCCUAUAGGCUGCCGUCACCUACUCACUCACCCACCCACCAUGUGUGUGUGUGUGUGUGUGUGUGUGUGGGUCUGCAGGUGUGCCGCACCUACUUGGAGACCCUCGUGUCGGUGCCCUGGACCAAACACAGCGAAGACUCACUCGACGUCCAACGCGCCAGGGAAAUACUCGACGAGGUGAGCGUACUUAUACUUAUGUGGAGAUCUUCGUGUGUCGGUCAUCCGUGUGUGUGUGUGACACGUGUGCAGGAUCACUAUGGUCUCGAGGAGGUCAAGAAGCGCAUACUGCAGUUUUUGGCGGUCCGCCGGCUGCGCAACGACAUGAAGGGCCCGAUACUCUGCCUAUCGGGCCCGCCUGGCGUCGGCAAGACAUCUCUCGCGUCGUCGGUGGCACAGGCACUUGGUGAGGAGGCGGGUGAUGCUUUGCUGAUGCCGAGUCAGCUGCACAUCUGUGUGCGGGCAGGUCGUGAGUUCCACCGGAUUUCUUUGGGUGGUGUCCGCGACGAGGCGGAGAUCCGCGGCCAUCGACGCACUUACAUCGGUGCGCUGCCAGGGGUCAUUGUGCAGGCCAUGGUCCACACAGGUGUGAGGAAUCCCGUGCUGCUGCUCGAUGAAGGUGGGCUGGGAGGGUGUCUGUGUAUGUCUUCAGAUUCGCGUGCACCGAUGUGUGCCGCGGUUCAUAUGCUCAGUUAACAAGUUGUCGUACGGCAACCCCCUGCACAAUCCCUCCGCAGCCCUUCUCGAAGUGCUCGACCCCAAGCAGAACCACAAAUUCACGGUAACCUAGAAGGCGUAAGCCACAUACGACCAACCAACCAUCGUGUGUGUGUGUGUCUGUGUGUCUGUGUCUGCAGGACCACUACCUCGGAGUUCCGUACGACCUCUCCAGGGUGUUCUUCAUCUGCACGGCCAACACGCUCACCACCAUGCCUCGAGCUCUCAGGGACCGACUGGAAGUCGUCCACAUCUCGGGUAGGUACUCACACACACAUGGAUGGAUGGAUGGAUGGGCCAGCCAAUGUGUGUGUUUCGGUCAGGCUACACGAUGCAUGAGAAGGAGCGGAUUGCCGAGCGGCACCUCAUUCCCAACAACCUGCACACACACGGGCUCACCGAUGUGCGUAUGCCACACACCGACCGACACACAUACGGAGAUAGAGAUAGAGUCUCGUUGGUGUGUGUGCGUGUGUGUGCAGAAGGACGGCAAGGCCGCUUUGGAGAUCAGCCCAGAGAUCAUCCAAGAGAUCAUCUGCAAGUGAGUAGUCAGCGAGCCAGAGAGGAAAGGGACCCAUACACGCCUUUGUGUGCGGCAGGUACACGGCCGAGAGCGGCGUUCGUGAGCUUGAUCGAUGCAUUGCCGCCAUCUGCCGGUGAGCAAGGGACAGAACGCAAGACACACAACUGUCUUGUCCGUCCAUGUGUGUGUCCGUCUGUGUGUCAGUUGGGCGGCUCUGAAGGCCACCGAUGGCGACGCAGCUGCGGCAUCUGAACCACCACCGCCAGCCGCAACAGCAGCACCGCAAUCUGUCAUCAGCGUGCAGAAGGAAGACCUGGUCGACAUACUCGGCAACGAGAAAUACUCGCUGGGUGAGCGGGCGAGUGUGUGUGGAUGUGUGUGUGUGUGUGCCACUGCGUUUGCGUGUGUGUGUAGGCGUUGCCCACCGGCUGACCACUCCUGGCAUUGCCAUCGGUCUCGCCGUCAACUCGACGGGCGGCGACAUUCUCUUCAUCGAGACCAGCAAAGUGCAGGUCGGUCGGUGAGGCCAUCACUGAGCAGACCAUUUGCCCCCCCCACACACACAAGCGUUAUGUGUGUGUGUGUGUGUGUCCAAUGUGUGCAGGGGAGCGGCGGUCUGAUUGUGACGGGACAGCUGGGCGAGGUCAUGCAGGAGUCCGUGCGAACCGCACUCACCAUCCUGCAGGCACGCAGCCACUCACUACCCAACUCACCCUCACUCCUACCCACACGCCAGCCGUGGUUGUGUUGGUCUCCGUCACAGGCCAAGGCGCUCAACAAGCCGCCAAGCGACGACGUGCAGGGCGACAUAGGUAGGCACCACCACCACACACCCGUAUACAGACACACGAGCAGCCACAUCGCCGGCGUCACCCUUUUCCAACCCCCCACAGGCAUGUUGCCGUCGGCCUUCUCUGACAUCGACCUGCAUGUGCACUUCCCAGCGGGCGCCGUCGCAAAGGUCCGCUGGACUGAUGGACAGCACACGUGUCUGUGUCUGUCGGUCUGGUGUCUGUGUGUGCAGGACGGCCCGUCGGCAGGCCUCGCGACCACUAUCGCCCUGGCGUCGCUCCUGACCGGACGGCUGGUCCGCAGCGACACGGCGUGGACGGGGGAAGUCACCCUCAGGUACACACACAUCAAGUCACGGACGAUGGAAUGGGUGUAGGGUUUUCCCUUUUUCCUUGUGUGUGUCUUCAGAGGCCAUGUCUUGCCUGUGGGCGGCAUCAAGGUGAGUGAGUGAGUGAGUGAAGUGCACGUGCUUGCCAAGUAGAUAAGACACAUGAUGUUGGCCGGCCAUGUUCUGUGCAGGAGAAGGUCUUGGCGGCGCACCGUGCAGGCAUCUGUCGUGUGGUCCUGCCCUCGGCAAACAAGCCGCAACUCAGAGACAUCCCGAAGGUGACCAAACCACUCACACACCCCUCCCAACCGACCGCCAACACACUCCCGUGCUCUCUCGCCCCGUCCCUUGAUUUGUGUCAGGACAUAUCUGAGUCGAUGGAGUUUCCCCUAGUGACCUCUGUGGACGAAGCGCUGCAGAUGGCCUUUGUGGACGACAGCGAGACGGGAGAGGGGACUGCUGAUGAGGACAGCAGCAAGGGCAGGGCCGUCAACGAUGUGCCGCUGGUGAGGGCCAUCAUCGCAGCUAAGCUGUGA